UCACAAGCAAUUUAACCCCCUGUAUCAAACUUAUUACCUGGAAAUAAUUAUAGAUAAAAGUGUUAUGUCAUCAAACCAAAAACACUGGUAUACAACUGCCAAAUAAGUAGCAUCUUUGCAGAAACUGGCUGCAUGACAAACGCAUCUAUUUUUUUAAACAUUUCUUAAAACCAGCAUACAAACUUUGCCUUUAAGGCUGAUUUAUAUUCUGUGUCCACAUAAAUUCUCAAAUGUCAGCCACAGGAAAAGCAAAGGGAAAGGAUUUAAGAUUCCUGAGCGUGACUGCCUAUCUUUAUGCAAAAUCUUGUAGACAGAUAACAUGUUAAACAUAGGCAGUAUGUGGACUCCACCAAUACUUUUGGUUACGUUUUUCCAUGGCAAGUAAUUCCAGGGUACAGUAUCUGGGAAUGACACGUAAAGGUUUCCACAACUAGCUUCCAAAUACCCUUAAAUAUUUCAAAUACCCUUAAAUCUGUACGAUUAGUCUAAACAGAGUGUACAAAUGGGAUUCACAAGGUGAUGACGUUUCUAGCAGCAGCUGCAGCAACCACCUUUCCAGCUUUUCCAGAGGGUAGGUAUUAGCACGCUGUGCAGACCACAGCCAGCUUGCUGUGGCUGCCUGCAGCUUCAAAGGUAGUACGUUCCAGCACUGGAAGGUAUUAUUUUUUUUUUCCUCUUUCAUCGCUAUUGCGGUCCCGACAUGAAAGGAAAAGGGCUGACACCACUCAAUCCCGUGUGACACCUGACACCUAUGCAACAGGGGGAAAAAGUUAUUCCAUGAUGUGUGAGUGAAAGUGACACCGGCUCGUUUUUACAGCUCUGUGAAUCACAGUCUUCUCUUUUCUACCGUAUUUCGGUUCCAGGUAUCCGUAUAAAACCAAGUGAAUAAUACAGUAUUCAUUAACAGAAGAAUAAAACAACAAGAAUGUGCACAGCACUGUGGUAGACACAGGCCAGCUCUUACUUUACUAAAUGGUUUUCGACUAUUAAAGUUUUUUCAUUUUUAGGCUGUUCAGAUAGAAGUAACGAAGCUAAAUGUGUACAAUACUCGCUAUAAUAUGCUCUGUGUUUGAUACGACGAUACCAGCACCAGGAUGAAGUUCAGUUUAGCGGAUACUCACAAAUAGUAACCGGUACGCCUAGAGAGUAAUGAGAUCAGCUGUUUCUAAUGUCAUUAAAACUGCAAUUUCGUAAUUUCUAAUUUGAUUUCAGAUACAACCCCUCCACUCACUAAACACCCCCACCGCUCUGACUCCUGAGAGCGCAGGAGGUCCUCGGAACUCCUGGAAAGGCGCCUCCUUGGCGGAGACACCUCCCGUCCCCGCCCCGGCAGCGGCAGGAGCAGCGGCGGGGCCCCUUCCCGGGCGGGCCGCGGCCGCUGCCCGCAGCUGACAUGGCGGCCGCGGGCCCCUCCCGCGCUGGCGGCCCGGAGCGGCCGCCCCUCCUCGGCCGCCCGCAGCAGGGCAGCGGCGGCGGCGGCUUCCGGCAGAGCCCUCUUGCCUUCAACAAAGAUGGUGCUCCCCGCGCAGGCCCCGCGGGCGCCGGCGCGCCCCGCGUAGCUUCCCGCUCCCCUCGCUGUUAGCCAAGUGAAACGGAAACUGGCAGAUGGCAUCUGAUCACUUCCUGUGAACACAUUAGAAGACAGGGAGAAGAGCUACUUAAGCUAAGCAACAGUUCUGGCAGAACAAAUGCCUAUAAAUAGAAGGGGAUAAAUUUGAGAUGGAAAUUCAAAGAAAGUUUCUUCUCAUCAACUGUUGAACAGUUGAGCAGUCUCCCAGGAUGAGUCAAGGUUGAGAAAGACCUGGUACAUAAGGUUGCCAGAUGGAUGCCAGAGACAAGCAGCUUUUACGCUCCCUGCGCCUGGAGCUCUGCACAGAGGUGCUGGUGGAUGGACUUGUUAUUCAGUAUCUCUACCAAGAGGGGAUUCUCACAGACAGUCAUGUUCAAGAAAUAAAAGCCCAAACCACUAGUCAGAGGAAAACCAUGAUGCUCCUUGAUAUUCUCCCUACCAGAGGACCCAAAGCUUUUGAUGCGUUCUUGGAUUCCUUACAGGAGUUCCCGUGGGUUAAGGACAAGCUGAUGCUGAAGCGGAAAGAAAUGACAAUACAAGAUCCUUCAGACAUAACUGAAGUUGCACCAUGCAUUUUGAAGAUGUCACCGACAGAUCAGCAGUUGAACAAGCUGGCGAGGAGGCUGGGACCUGAAUGGGAGCAUAUAGUUCUGUGCUUGGGUUUGUCCCAUACUGACAUCUAUCGAUGUAAAGUCAAUCACCCUCACAACCUGCAGUCGCAGAUCGUAGCUGCAUUUGUCCUGUGGAAACAGCGUUUGGGGAAAAAAGCAACAAUCCAAAGACUGCAUGCCAGUCUGAUGGCAGAGGAAGUGGAUCCUUCAGUGAUACAGUACAUGCUUGAGUGAAGACAUGCUAUUUAUUCAGAGCUUCCACACAUUUCAUUAAAUUAAGUAACGAGAAUGGAAAUGUAUGUUGAAGAUCGGAUGCCUCAAACUGUAAAAAAAGUGGGGUUGGGAACUGUGGUUUUAUUAAGCUUAAACAUUUCAGUUUUCUGUGGCAUCUUAUGACUUGUAAUUCUUUUCAUGCCAGAUUAAUUUUUAGCAGACAUUAAAAAAUGGAUCACUC